CCCCGCGGCGGUCGUGUUUACUUUCUGGGCUGCCACUCCAUCCGCUUUCCACUAAACUCGACAGAAGUCCGCUCCGUUCGUGGUUCUGCUCUUUUUCUGCCCGCGCGCGGCCCCCUCCCUCGGCGGGAGUGGGUGUGUCGAUGUGGGGCCGCUAGCUUCGCUUCUGCUGCUGCGCACUCGGAAAAGAGGAAAAAGUUGAUGAGGACUUGAGCGGACGGCGGCCCGCCGCGGAAUGGCAGUGUGGACCAGAGCGGACAAAAACGGCCAGCUGGACCUCCUGCUCCGGGACCGCUGGAUCCGCGUGACCGCCGAGCUCACCCGGGAAACGCUGACUUUAACAGCCGAGGCGGAGUUCGCCGGACCGGGGGCCAACCACUGGGACUACCCCCCGGCCGGCCUGCGAAAUGGCAUGUCGAACGGAAACGAGCCGGGCUCGAACCUGGGGAGCCCCGGCCGCGGCUCCUCCGCGGGCCAGGACCACGUGCAGAACCACCGGGUUCGAGGGCGCAGCAGCAGCCCGGCUCGGGCGGGCGUCGCCCGCGGCCAGAGCGAGGGAAACUACGGCGUGAACAGCCCCGGAAAGUACCCGAAUAACGGGACCAACUCCGACUUCGGCAGCCCCGGCUCCAGUUACGGGAGUCCCGGGUCGAGCUUCGGGUCCAGACACGGAGACUUCCCGGCCGGCGUGGACGGCUCGUCGGAGGCGGUGCGGAAAGUCCGGGUUGUCAAGCAGGAGUCCGGCGGGCUGGGGAUCAGUAUCAAGGGCGGGCGCGAGAACCGGAUGCCCAUCCUCAUCUCCAAGAUCUUCCCGGGGCUGGCCGCGGACCAGAGCCGCGCGCUCCGCGUGGGAGACGCGAUCAUGUCGGUGAACGGGAACGACCUCCGGGAGGCGACGCACGACAUGGCGGUCCAGGCUCUGAAGAAGGCCGGGAAAGAAGUCACGCUGGAGGUGAAGUACAUCCGGGAGGUGUCGCCGCUCUUCAAGAAGCCGUCGCUGGUCGCCGACCUGCCGUGGGACGGCGUCCGCCCGCAGUCGCCCAGCUACAGCGGCAGCGAGGACUCGGGUUCUCCCAAACACAGCAGCUCCUCCUCCACGUCCAAAGACCGGAAGGUCAUCAGCCUGAAGAUGUGCUUCAUCAGCCGGAACCUCUCCAUGCCAGAUCUGGAAAACAGACUGCUGGAGCUCCACUCUCCGGACGGCCAGCACACCGUGGUCCUGCGCUGUAAGGACGGCCCCUCCGCCAGCUCCUGGUUCACCGCCGUUCACACCAACAUCGCCGCGCUGCUUCCACACACUCUGGCGCACAUCAACGCGUACCUGGGGGCGUCGUCCUCCGCCCCCACACACCCCCACCUCAAGCACAUCGGCUGGCUGGCUGAGCAGGUCCAGCUGGACGGCGGCAGGCAGCAGUACCGACCCGUGGUCAUGGCGCUGACGGAGAAGGACAUCCUGCUGUUCGAGGCCGUGCCGUGGAGCAGAGAGUCCUGGUCCAUGCCUCUGCUCACACACCCUCUGCUCGCCACCAGACUGGUCCACUCCGGCAGCUCCGGGGGUUCCCCCUCCCAGGCCUCAGACAUGGUGUUUGCCACUCGGACCGGAACCAGCCGCGGCAUCGAGUCGCACGUCUUCCGCGUGGAGACGCACUGGGACCUGUCCUCCUGGACGCGGGCUCUGGUGCAGGGGGUCCACAGCGCCGCCGAGAUCAUCCAGGAGGUGUCCAUCGGCUGCACGCUGAACAGGCAGGACGUCCGGCUGACGCUGCACUUCGAGAAGGGCUUCACCGUGACCCGGGAGCCAGCCGACCCCCCGGGGGGCACCGUGCUGUACAGAUACCCCUACGAGAAGCUCAGGAUGUCGGCCGACGACGGAGUCCGGAACCUUUAUCUGGACUUUGGAGGUCCGGAGGGAGAAAUGGUGUUCGACCUGCACUCGGGGCCCAAGCCGGUGGUGUUCGUCCUCCACUCCUUCCUGUCGGCCAAGCUGACCCGCAUGGGCCUCCUGACGUGAACGGCAGCCACCCCACAGAAAUGUGCCUUCCGGCUUCCCCUCCCUGCAGGCUGAGGCCAGACUGGAGCAAAGCGCACUUAGUUUGACAGAGCAGACGGACCCCCGACCCCGUGACCUCUCCGGCCUGUUAGACCUGACAGAGAUUAGCUAGCGGCCGCGGCGGCGCUCUGUCCUUCCAGUGUUUCACAAGAACAUUUUGUUUUUUCUGCCUAUCAUUCCGGAAAAGCCUUCAAAGCUCCGCUGGAGUCGUGAUGCAGUGACCUGAGCGAGGAUGUGGGCGGGGCUCCGCCGGCAUGAUGGCUCCUCCUCCCAAACCAUGUUAGUCAGGAUCACCAACAGUGCCUUCAGAGAUGUAGUGAAACACUUUUCUAGAAGCUCUUUUGUAACAGUGAGACGAUUCCCGCUGAGGAACGUCAACAAGCAAUAGUAUUAAUGCAACCGUCGCCUGUUUGGUCGUGAACGAUGAUGUCACAACGCGUCACCGCCGUCUCCUCACCUUCACUCCCUCCUUUUCCCUCUCAUCCAUCCCAAAAAGAACCGGAGGAUUUCACAGGAUUCAUCCAACACGUUUAUAAUAGUUCACUAGAACUAAAUAUAACCUCACAUUUACAUUUGAAUUCAAACAUUUUACAUCUAAUUACACAGAAACAAAAAGAACAUUUGAGAGGAUUUUUCUGAGGCUUUCAGCCUCAUUUCAAUGUUUUAUAUCAAGUUUUAGAGUUCAGAGGAUAAAAUAAUCCAAACGUUUCUGAUCACCUCACUGUUCCUUCAAAUUACGUUUGAUAUUUAUCCCCUUUUCGAAUAAUAUAAAAUGACUGAACAAAAAUUAAAUCGUUUUUAAAAACUGAUUUUAAGAUUUUAACGCUAAAUUUAAAAAAAACUAACAACUUUUCUCACUUUUAUGCUCCUUAGAUGUGUUUUUGUGGUCAAUAUUUGAAAGCUUCUGGAUCAGGAACAGUGUUAAAAACACAGAACAAGAUCUGAAACAUUUCUGACAGAUAAGCAGCUUUUCUCCGUUUGUCUUCAAAGUUUCAAGAAUCCAAAAUAAUCCAAACUUUCUCAUCAGUUUCCAGAUAACUUGCAGGCCUUUUCUGUCCGGAUCAUCUCACUGAAACUUCCAUCUCUUCUAAACUACAUUUUUAUAUUUCUCACUUUUUAUAAUAAUUUAAAACGACUGAACAAAGAUUAAAUCCAUUUUCAGAAAAGGAUUUUAAAAUUCUAGCAUUAAAUUAGGCAAAACGAACAACUUUUCUCCCUCUUGGCUUCUUCUCUUCAAUGUGUUUCUGUGGUCAGUAGUUAAAGCUUCUGGAUCAGGAAGAGGGAAAUAAAUAUAAAACUUCCCUACAAGUAAUCAGCUUUUUUAGUUUGUUUUCCAAGUAAGAAUGGAUUAUUUUAUUAAUAAAAGCUCCACUUUUGUUCAUCUUCAAUCCCAAAGUUUUUACAUCAAUUGAAACUAUGAAAUGAUAUUUGCUGCAUGUUCACUAAACUAUUUUUUCCACUUAAAGCAAAACUCUGAAACCAAGUAAACUUGUGUGACAGUAAAUCCUAAUGAAUGCUGUUGAAAAUGCUUCAAACCAACAGUUUCUGUGGUCUUCCUGUUUGGCUCUGCUGAGCGUUUCAUGGCUGAUUUCAUGAGUCGUGACCUCUGCUCACCUGUCUGCUCUGUUACUGCAGUCGGAGACGGUUCAGACGGACCGUCCCGUGUCGAAAAUCCCUCCUGAAUGUUUCUGCAGAACAUUGACGACCUGAAGCGACUAACCGCCUCAGCGCGCUGAAUGUUCUCGCCGUCUCUCCUGUCUAUGCAAAGCCUCGCUUCCAGAAGGUUGUUUUUCUCGUAACCAAAGGUAUUACUUGUGGCAGCUUGCGUCCUACACAAUCAUAACCAUGAAGCGUUACACCACGACAAAGUGCUGCUGCAGCAACUUGUUAUAUGCAAAGUAUUGUAGACGUCUUUCCAGUAUACAAUGUAUGAUGAUAAUGUAGUUAUUGCAAAUGUAAAUACCACCAAUAAAACCUUUAUAAAUUCUAAAAUGA